UUUACUUGGUCCACAGCAACGGCCAACAGCUUAAGCGGGUUCAGUUCUGUCGUGUCUUGUAGCCGAAAAGUAAAAGUAAACAAACAGCUCGCGUGCGUGCGUAAUUGAUACAUAAUGAAUGUGGUUACAAAACUAUUCAAUAUACUGGCUGUUUUCUUGUUGGCCCGAAUGCCACUGAUGAAUGCCAAACCCUAUGAUCCAAAUGAUCCCAAAAUAGCAGAAUGCUGCCUUCCACCUGAGGGCAUGUUCGAGGCUUUCUAUCCGCGGGAAGUUGAAGGAAUUCCAAAUAGCGCCUCUCGUCCCGCUCAUGGUCAUGGUAGUUUCUUUAAACAUCGCAAUCCUGCGCUGGUGGACACAAAAAAUGCAGCAGCCUAUGGCUAUCGGUUCGAUGGAAAGCGGCGAUUCAAUUUCGAUUAGUCAUUCAUAGCUAAAAUGAAUAAUGAAUAAAGAAAAAAUGUAAAUGGAAAA